AUGGACGACCUGAACGGACUAAGUUGGACAUCCAACUCUUCACAGAGCGCUCAGAAACCCCCGCGUCUGGACUCCGGAUUCUCAUUUCCCAGUGUGACGCGCAAUAACAUUUCUGGCCGAUCUACCCCCCUCUCUGCCACCGGCCCCUCUCACCCACCGUCCAAGUCGGCGACCCCGGACAGCUUUGCGAAACUUGUAUCCUUUGGUUCGUCAAAUGCGAAUAAGAAACUAUCUCUCCUAGAGCAACAGAAGAGGCUGCAAGAAGAGCGCGCCAGAAAGGAAGCAGAGAAUAGGUCCAAGUUUGAAUCACAAUACGGGGGACAAAAUGCCCAGUUCUGGGAUAGUUUGGAGAGAACCGGGAGCAAGAAUCCCUUUGCAUCGGCGCAAAGUCCUGUACCGCAGCGAGCUCCCUCUGCGGAUGAGGACGAUCUUCUUGCUGCUUUCGACGCCUCUGCGCCUGUAGACGCUUCGACGAACUUCCCGAUCCCGAGCCCGAGCCCCUCGCCGCAGAUCGCGCAGAGCGCAUCUACCGCGGCGGCGCAGCUGCACCAGACCGGUGGAAUGUCGUUCAACGAUGUCGAUGACGAUCCAUUUGGACUCAAUCAGCUAAAGUCGAAGCCAACGGCAACCCCGCAACCCGCUCAGACCGACGACGAUGACUUCCUUGGCUUGCUGGGAAAGCCAGUUUCUGAAGUCUCUCGCCCCGCACCCGAGCCGUCGCCGAAACCCUCAUCUCCGGUCAUCCAUGAGGAUCAUGCGCCUUCCCCCAAGCCGUCCAAUGCUGUUGAUCGGGCGAUUGCAGAGCUUGUAGACAUGGGCUUUCCCGCAGACAAGGCCAGCCAGGCACUACGGGCAACGGCGUCUGGAACCGACGUCCAAGCUGCUGUGAGUUUGCUUCUGACACAGGCACAUGAAGAAGCUCGUCAGAAAUCGAAAAGUAGGACACCGGCCGUCGAUCGUGAUUUCGACCAUCAGGAACGCAGCAGAGAGCGGAGCCCAAGACAGGACCUUGACGUUCCUUCCUGGAUGAGAGAAGAGCAGUCGAGAAGCCGUGCUAGCAAUCGGUCCCCAGCAUCAACAAGCAAAGAUCCGUCACAAAUCGCCGCCACUUUUGGUAACAAUUUUUUGAAGACUGCGAAUUCACUGUGGAAACAGGGGAGCAAAAAGGUUCAGCAGGUCGUUAAUGAACUCAACUCUGAUCAUGAUCAGUCACAGCCUCGGUGGCUGAAGGAAGCUUCGGCCCGUCAGGAGCCCUGGCCACGGCCAACUGACAACGACCGUGCUCCUGAAACCUCGCACAGGAAGCUCGAGAUUCUAACAGAUGAGGCUCUUCUUCUUGAACCUGGGGCUGCUCCCCGGCCGUCUCGCAACCAAUCUCGAGUCAGCGAAAGGCCCUCGCAGCGAACGCAUAGCAAUGGCUUACGGAGCCAACAGUCCCCAGCUGGAGAGGCGCGUACCUCGCAGCCCGCUUUCAUGCAGCAGCAGUUGAGAAACGAAUCACUGAAUCCCAAGUCUCGUGUGUCCAAAAACCUGGUUGAAGAGCAGACGGCGCAAGCGUAUGUUAGCCCUGCUAGGAGAAGACGGCCUGCUGCACAACCAUCCGCUCCUGAGGCCAAUGUCGAUUUAUUCGAUUCUUCUGCACAAACACCGCCAGCCAACCGAUCGCGGGCCUCUCCACCCCCAGCGCAACCUUCAAAGCCACCUGCACCAGCAAAACCUCUUCCGGUUCGGCCGAAGGCUCCUGCCCGAGUCGUUCCGCAGCUGUCACAGGAGAGUCUCAUGUCGACUCACCGGCAUCGUGAGAAAGGUACAGAGGCAUACAAAAGAGGUGACUAUGCCGCAGCUCACGACGCCUUCACCUCUGCCCUCACUAUGCUACCUGAUAAGCAUCCCAUCACCAUCGUCAUUCGCAGUAACCGUGCAAUGACAGCCUUGAAGGUCGGCGAGCCGAAAGUGGCCAUCAGUGAUGCGGACGCCAUCUUGGAGCUGAUUGGCCCUUCAAAAGGAGAAGCCGAGACUAUUGAUCUCGCUAACGGUGAAACGGCAAAGCCAAUGAAAGAUUUCUAUGGUAAAGCCUUGAUGCGCAAGGCCGAAGCAUUGGAGCAAUUGGAACGCUGGGCCGAUGCCGCUCAGGCAUGGAGACAGGCAGUCGAGAACGGCCAUGGCGGAAGUACUAGUAUCCAAGGCCGGAACAGAUGCGAAAAAGCUGCUGGUAUCAGCAAACCCGCACAGAAACCUUCCGCGCCGGCGAAGCGACCGCCAGCACCCGCUCCGAAGAAGCCGUCGGCUUUGGACGACCUCCAAGGUGGCUCGCCUUCGACUGGCGGAUCCUCCGAGGCUGUCAGCCGUUUGCGAGCGGCAAACCAGGCAGCCGAGCGCGCGGACGAGGAGAAAUUUGCCCUCGGCGAGAGCGUCGAUGCACGGCUAAACGCCUGGAAGGGCGGGAAGCAGGACAACCUUCGCGCGCUGCUCGCUAGCCUGGACACAGUCCUGUGGCCUGAAGCAGGGUGGAAGAAGGUCAACAUGUCGGAGUUAAUUCUGCCGAAUAAAGUCAAGGUGCAGUACAUGAAGGGGAUUGCCAAGGUGCAUCCUGACAAGAUCCCUACCACCGCCACGACCGAGCAGCGUAUGAUCGCAGGGGCAGUUUUUGGUGUCCUGAACGAAGCCUGGGACAAGUUCAAGGCAGAGAACAAUCUCUAA